AUGUCCAAAGUUGGGAAGCUCGAAGUUCACGGCCAAAGCGGAGUCCGGUUCCAGAACUGGGCCAAGACCUAUGGCUGCUCCCCAGAGUUUUAUUUCCAGCCAACUACCGUUGAUGAGAUCAAAGAGAUCUUGGCUCUGGCCCGCCAGAGGAGCAAGAGGGUGAAAGUGGUGGGAGGCGGACACUCUCCUUCAGACGUGGCCUGCACAGAAGACUUCAUGGUCCACCUGGGAAGGAUGAACAAGGUCCUCAAGGUGGACAAGGAGAAGAAGCAGGUGACGGUGGAGGCGGGGAUCCUGCUCUCGGAUCUGAACAUGGAGCUGAGUAGCCAUGGCUUGGCAUUGCCCAUCCUAGGAGCUGUUUCGGAUGUGGCGGCUGCCGGGGUCAUCGGAACCGGCACACACAAUACUGGCAUCAGCCAUGGCAUCUUCUCUACUCAGGUUGUAUCCUUGACCCUCUUAACGGCUUCUGGGGAAAUCCUGGAGUGCUCUGAAACUACAAAUCCCGAGCUCUACCAGGCCGCCUGCGUCCACCUGGGCUGUUUGGGCGUCCUCCUCACCAUCACCUUCCAGUGCGUCCCAGAGUUCCACCUGCAAGAGACCACCUUCCCGUCGACGCUGAAGGAGGUUCUAGACAAUUUGGAGACCCACCAGAAGAAGUCGGAAUAUUUCCGCUUCCUUUGGUUCCCUCACAGCGAGAAUGUCAGCGUCAUCUACCAAGAUCAUACCAACAAGCCGCCCUGCUCUUCUGCAAACUGGUUUUGGGACUACGCCAUGGGGUAUUACCUGUUGGAGUUCCUUCUGUGGAUCAGCACAUUCCUGCCAUGCCUGGUCGCUUGGCUCAACCGCUUCUUCUUCUGGCUUCUCUUCACUGGCAAAGUGGAGAACGUCAACCUGAGCUACAAGAUCUUCAACUACGAAUGCCGUUUCAAGCAGCAUGUCCAAGACUGGGCUAUUCCCAUUGAGAAAACAAAAGAGGCCCUCCUGGAGUUGAAGGGGGUCCUGGAGAGCAACCCCAAAAUCGUGGCCCAUUACCCAGUGGAAGUGCGCUUCACGCGGGGGGACAACAUCCUGCUGAGCCCUUGCUUCCAGAGGGACAGCUGCUAUGUCAACAUCAUCAUGUACAGGCCCUAUGGGAAAGAUGUGCCUCGCCUUGACUACUGGCUGGCCUACGAGGGCAUCAUGAAGAAGGUUGGAGGCAGGCCACACUGGGCAAAGGCCCACACAUGUGUCCGGAGAGACUUUGAGCAGAUGUACCCCAGCUUCCAGAAGUUCUGCUCCAUCCGGGAGAAGCUCGACCCCAGAGGGAUGUUCUUGAACACCUAUCUGGAGAAGGUCUUCUACUGAGUGACGGGAAGGAGAAAGCAGCCAAGAAGUGGAGACAUCUGACACAUGGAGGACUCCAAUGGUUAUUGAGACAUCCGUUGGAGAAAUGGAAAUAAGUAUUGGCCAGUUUACCUCCUUAUUCACUUGUGUAAACCCAAAUCACAGAACUGAGGUGGGUCUGAAAACCAAUAAAAGGCUUUGUGAAAUA